GUUUGUCCCUUGAAGGUGCCGUGUCCCUCGGCGGGCACCGUAGUUGGAGUCGCAUGGCGCGCUGAGCUCACGUCGAAGGUGACCAUGCCCGGAGGACGUCUCACUCCGACUCCGUUCACCGUGUUCGCCGCAGACGGUGACGGAGACAAAGCAGCGGAAGCUCCGUUAAACCGAGACCAGCUCUCUCUGUACACCGAACCCGAGCGCCGCUGCAGGGUCACGGAACCUGAAACCGGUCAGCUGGAGCAGAGUGUCGCCGCCUUCAGGAAGCUGGUAGAACCGCACACUACCUGGUGCAAGAGCAAACUGCAGGGGGCGCUGCGGGUCCGCGAGCAGCUGAAGGACCCUCCGAAGGACUUCUACCCGCGGGCGGGAGUCAUCGGGCUCGCCGGCGUGCUGGGCCUGGUUCUGGGCAGAGGAUCCAGGCUGAAGCGGGUCUUGUACCCGGCGGGUCUCAUGGCCCUCGGCGCCGGCCUGUACUACCCGGAGCAGGCGGCCGGGGCGCUGCGCUCCGGCGGGGAGACUCUGUACGAGUGCGCGGUGCGGAGCUGCGCCGCCGCGGAGGACAUCCUCAAACCCCGGACACAGGGAGUCCAAACCCGGACCGAGUCCAAACCCGAACCCGGCGGGAAGCUGUAGACUGACCACGUGACAUUCUCAGGUCCACCUGUAGCACGAGACAGGAUAUAAAAACGGCACAUUCGCUUCUGAUGUGAACGUAGAGAUUUAUUAUAAUCAAAGCCCGUCUCCCACGUGCCUUCUAGCAAACUAGCUGACAUUUUACAUCUGCUGAACAAAGAAACCUGGUGGCUUCCCUCACCUGUCUCCUCUCUACAGAUCUACCACACUGAUUGUAUUUCUUAAUUAUGUAAAUUAAGUCCAGUGACUUGGAGAAGUAGCUGCGAAAGAGAGAAAAUCACAUUUGUUUAGUUUGUCCAAGUAUUUGUCAGGGUUUUAACUCUUACGUGGACAGUGUAACACGCAAACAGCUAGUCCAAAUACUUAUGGACCUUUGAAAAACCUUAACCAAUAAAAGUAUAAUUAUUGCACAUGUU